UCUGCUCACAGUAGGCGUGAGGGUCAAAAAAUCACCGAGGUAUGCCGGGAUUAUACAGAGUAUAAUGCAGAAGGUAAAAUAACCCACUCAACAAAAGUAUGUGCCGGGCUAAUACCGGGCAUUAUUGGUCCAGAAUGGUAGUUUGUUCAGGAGGCAUCGAGGCGUGGACUGGGGCUUUGCUCUCUCACUGCAUCUAUUACUCUGUAUGUUGUUCCUUGUGAACUUUCUAGGGAACUUGUGUCGCCUUGCCAAGUUCAUUUGCUACACAGCCCCGGUUUUGUUGAGUGGGACGAAGAGGAGAAGGAAUGUGCAAGAAAGGAGACUGGUUUGGAAUAACUUUCAAGUAAAUUCCGACGUGGUAGGCGUCACGUUGCUUAGCAUUACAUACCAGUAAUGGUUCUUAUAAGCUUCUAGACAGAACUAGACACUCGUCUCACGGAACAAGACAGCUCAUGAGAUACAUUCACUAGAUGAGAAACACCUUGACUUCGUCGUCGUUUAGGAACUGGUUCAGGAUUAAUGGUAACCGAGAGUGAACCACUAUAUGAAGUUGCAGAUAAUGGGAGAUGUUGUCAUCCUUCUUGGACUAAAUUGUGCUUGAAGUGCAGGAGUCUACAAAAUUACAUCUAAACUCCAAGGCGUCAACCUGUUGGGAUCUUUGACAAGGACAUCGGAUGUUUGGAGAUCAUCUGGAAUCGGUAGCUUUCCUUGAACUCUACAGUCUGUUAUCCACCUGUGCUACCGGAAUCAAACCGACGUUAGGUCGCCAAGGUCCGACCAACCUACGCAGCGUUUCAACCUGUUGGCCUGGACGUGGCGUCUUAGUUCCACAUCUGAGAUGAUGACUUCCCAUCUUCAGUAAUCGAUGUAAAGCUUCAACUUCUUCUCACGAAUGCCCAGUGGAGACCAUCGCUAAAACAGGCUGCAAGCCCAUCUAAGUGCUUAUCCUUAAUCUCCAAGACACUGAAAUAAAGAUGACGCGUCUGAGCUCACCUGGUUACCAGGCAUCCCUCUUCCUCCUACCGAUUCUCCUUGUCAUCCUAUUGCUAUGUGUAGCGCCAUCUACCGCCCGUUACUGCGAGGAGAGGGAGUGCUGUAUCGGUAGGGAUGAUGACUGUCAUAUGCCUUAUCCGGCUCUGUUGCCGAGUACGCGGUGCUAUUGCGACCAAUUCUGCAACCGAACUCAGACUGACUGCUGCCCAGAUUUCUGGGGGUACUGUCUGGGAAUUGAACCGCCUGUACCCAUCGUUAAAGGCACUUGUUGUCAUGACGGGCAAGACAUUGAAGAGGGUAAAUCCAUCAAAGUAAACUGUAAUCGUUGCUACUGUAAGAAGUUGCUAUACGGAUUUUAUGGCUUCGAUUGCGAGGCUAAAGUUUGCCUUGUCCAGCCCGAGGUGGCAGAAAGAGUUAACGUCAAUGAAAUUGGAUGGACGGCAGGUAACUACUCUGAGUUCUGGGGCAUGACUUUAGCCGAGGGAUUUCAAUUUCGGCUGGGAACGAUGAAGCCUACGGCUGCAGUCAAAGCCAUGAACGAAAUCCAAAUGGACGCUGCUUCCUUGGACAUCCCUGAGGAAUUUGAUGCUCGGGAUAAGUGGCCAAGUCUACGAGAUGAAGUUUUGAAUCAGGGAGAUUGCGCUAGCUCUUGGGCCCUCUCAACUGCUUCUGUUGCAUCCGAUCGCCUUGCCAUCCAAUCAAACGGUACCAUCGCUAUGGCCUUGUCACCCCAACACUUACUGUCAUGUAACAUCAGACGACAGCAAGGUUGCCAUGGCGGCCAUCUUGACCGUGCGUGGUGGUAUUUGCGCAAGAAAGGCGUAGUCACCACGGACUGUUAUCCAUACAAGAGUGGAAUGUCAUUUGAUAUGAAGAUGGACAAGGGAUCUUGCUACAUUCGGGGUGAGCAGUCUAACUCUUGUCCAAAGGAACGCCAGACGAGUGACAGAUACUUCUCAACACCACCCUACAGAAUUUCUGAAGACGAAGAGGAAAUAAAGGCAGAAAUUCUGAUGAAUGGACCUGUUCAAGCUGCCUUCCAUGUUCAGGAAGACUUCUUUAUGUACAAAUUUGGUGUCUACAAGCAUUCCAAGAUGGCGACAAAAGACGAGCAGAAAGCGUCCGGUUGGCAUUCAGUGAAGCUUCUUGGCUGGGGUGUGGACAAAUCUCAAGGAAAACCUAUAAAAUACUGGCUUGCAGCCAACUCGUGGGGUAAAGGUUGGGGUGAAGAUGGCCACUUUCGCAUCCUGCGAGGCAAAAAUGAGUGUCAGAUCGAGUCUUUCGUGGUCGGUGUCUGGGGCAAAGUCGACUCUGACAUGAUCAAUGGGAACAGCGUGCCAGUCUGAUUUGGAUUUCAAUCACGUGCACAAUUACAGCCCUAUGCUAAGUUUGCCUUAAACUGUGCGCAUUAUGUAUGUAGAAAAUACAGCCUACCCUACCUCGAAACCCUUCGACAUGUGUAUGGACGUUCUUCCUGUGGGAAAACUCAACACAAGACAAUUUUGAGUAAGCCUCGUUGAGAAAUAUGAAGGAGGCAGACGCACAAGGUUGAGGGACGUACUGUUGUGGAAAAAAGGCGUUGAUCAAUACAUACUACCCAUCAUUUCCCCUCAUAUGCAACUGUACGAACUAGUCACACAGAAUUGGCGUCAGUGUUUCAACUAUCGACUUUAGACGCUUACUCCACGACUGUAAGUUGGCCCCAAAAUUGUCCUUACCAAAUCCAAGUAUGCAACUUUCACGUGACGCUAACUAUUGACGACUCGUGUUGAAGUACUUCGUGGAUACUGCGCGCGCAGACUCUACUGGCCAUGAAAUGUUCCAUGUUAUUAUCCUAAAGAAUCUUGAGGUCAUUGUUAUCUCCACUCCGACGCUCUGCCUGUUUCUUUAUUUUUAUUCCUGGUCAGGUUUUUAUAAACUAACUCCAAAUUUCUUGGAACACUGCACUACACGCGAAUUCCGCUGAUUAUUCAAAAUGAUGAAUACCGUAAUAACUAUAUAAACCCUACUUUUGCAUCGCGCUCACAUAACCACUGUCAGUGAUCUCUCGCGCAUGCGUAGAUGCAUGAAAAUAAAUGAACGAAUUGUGUCUUUAACUCUGUA